AUGGGGAGGAAAUCCAACGUAAAUUUCAAAUCAGUUCAUUAUGAGGAGGUGUUCAUCCAAGAGAAGUUCACCCAAGAGAAGUUGCACUUAAUCGUGUCUUUGAGCAUCACUUUUGUGGUUUGCGAUCGAAAGGCAGACAUUCAGUGUCUUAAGGAGGGAUCAAAUGAUUUGAAGAAUAAAACAGAGCAACAACUCUAUGAUUUGAGUCAAACUAAUCUCGAGAUCGGACAGGAAUUGGUGCUCAAGAGGGCUGAUAUCGCCAACUCUGAGGGUUUGACGUGUUAUUACCAGUUCUACCAGAAUUACACCCAAGGGUUGGCCAAUAUAUUCAUGAAACAAAAUGAAAUCAAUCGACUCAAUACCUCCCGAACACCCGAUGAGAGAGCGGGUGCUGUGAAAGGCAUUGCGUCCAUAACUAAAGCCAUGAGAUGUGACGAGUCGUGGAGAGCCAUACACUUCAAUGAAACCAUAAAUGAAGCCAAAUGUUCCCGAUUUGAGACCGCAUUUGGAUUGGAUUUAAUCCAAUUUAAGCCAAAACUCGCACUUUUGGAAACCGGUCUCGGAUUUGGAGAUUUGGCCCUAAAAUUCAAAAACAAUGUUAUGUCAGGAAUUGUUGGAGACAUAAGUAAACUCUUUGGAAAAGUCUACACCGAAGCUGAAAAAUGUUCACUAAAACUAACAAAUCCUAAGCAAAGUUGUCAUAAUUUGAAAAUGUUUGUCAAAGAAAUCGACCGCCUGUUCUACCUUGCUGAGAUCGGCGUUUUGGCACUAUUUUAA